UGUCUAGCGUAAACAUCGCGGAACCUCUGUUGCUAUUGGCUGAGUUUCCGGGGGACAUUAAUUAUGGCUGGCGGCUGUGGCGCGACAGUUUAAUUCUCCGGUCGCGGCAGAUUGUGGAGACAAGAUGGUUCUGGCGGGGCUCAUCCGGAAGCUUGGCCAUCAGCUGGUGGAGAUCAGGGAACGCGCCCUCAAAAGUAUCCUGUGCAAGAUCGAGCACAAUUUGAUCUGCUAUGCUGACCUGAUUCAGGAAAGGUUGCUUUUUCUCCAUUUGCUCGAAUGGUUCAAUUUCCCAUCUGUCCCAAUGAAAGAGGAGGUUCUGAACUUGUUAAGCAGAUUGGUUAAGUACUCCCCAGCAGCCCAACACCUGAUUGAUCUUGGUGCAGUAGAGUUCUUAUCUAAGCUCCGUCCAAAUGUGGAACCAGCCUUACAGGCCGAGAUCGAUGGCAUUCUCGAUGGACUUUUUGUUCUUCCUUCAGAAGUUCCUGUACUGUGUUCUGUCACUUACCAAACUGAUCAAAUUGAAUUGCCACAACAGCAUGAAGUUUUAACAGGAUAUUUUCCCCAAGAUAAAAGUAAUAUCCAGCAGAUGGAAGUACCACCAGGGCCAGUGGGAAACCCGACUGUAAAGUGGCUGAAGUUUUCUGUAUUUCCUUGGCUACCUCUGACCACAACAGACAGACAUGUUCUCUCCUCCAAUGAAAGCUCUUUGAGAAGUAGCAACCACAACCUGAUCUGGAAUACAUGUGAACUUCUGAAAGACGUGAUCAUGCAAGACUUUCCUGCUGAGAUUUUCCUUCAGAGACCGAAGAUUGUUCAGGGCCUCUUAUGCCUGGUGAAGCUGGCCUUUGGGGGAGACGGGAAGCAUCGGGUGGCAUUACAGUCGGUGUCCUGUUUGCAGCAGCUGUGCACGUGUUUAAGAAACAGACUCAACUUUUACCGAGACCCCAACCUUUUCUCAAAUAAACAAGAUACAAUCUCCCAGAAUUCUUCUUUGUCUUAUUGUCAUGAAGCAAGAGGUACUUACCAUUCCCCAAACCCAUCCCCAGGAAGUAGCAGCCCUCGACCUUCUGUGGUUGGGCGUACAGGCCAGCGGCCUCGAGGAGAUGGUCAGGACUGGGAUGCGGUGUCUUCCAGCGGGAGUAGUGCGCAUGCUCACGUGAACUCUAGGAUAUCUGUGCCUUCUUUGGAUGUGGCACACGAAGAUCUGCCGGAGCUGGAGACAGAGGACGCACUGGAGCUGCAGUUCCAGCAGCUCAGUCUUCCCCAGUUCUGUAUCUCCAUCCUGGAGGCAGCAGUUCCUCUGCUAAGAACAGGUAGCCGAGAAAUGAUAAUUAGAGUUCUGGAACUACUUGCAGAGGACCUGAUGCUCAUUGGACAAGCAAUUUCACCUGACAUCUGGGAUGAUAGCAGCCUCUUUGCUAUAGAUGUGAAAGAGAAACUGCUUCAAGUAUUAGGUUCCCUUGGAGAAACCAUCUGUUACCGUAAAACCAGCUUCAGCCUGGAGCGAGCAGAGGCUCUGCUCGUGCACCACAGGAUGGCCUUCGUCAGCAUCGCUCUGCUCGCUGUUCGUCUCCUGCAAACCCUCCUCCCUGUUGAAAAGGCGAGUGAGUUUUUGCCAGAGCCCAUGUCAGCAGCAUUAUUCCUUGUGUCUUUGGACAUUCCUAUUUCUUUGGAAUAUCCAGAGAUUCAUGACGCUGUUGUGUCGUAUUUGGAACAGCUGGAUUCUGAAAACUACAGUAUUUAUAAACGAACUGCAGAGGCUGUUUAUUCAAUUGAAUGUACCUGCAAUUUCCUAUCUGAUGUUGGUAAAGAGGAAGAAAAGAAUCUCCUAGAAUUAAUAGAGCUGGCAGACAAAGCCUUGCGUAGCUUUUCCUACCAUCAGCACUCCCCCCUAAUAAAGGAAAUCAUCUGCAUUUGUUCAAAGAUCUGGAAAUCUGCACAGGCCAGUCCGUUACUACAGGGGGAGAGUCAGAAGGUGUUUCUCCAUAUGCUGUCUCACCCGUGGCCACAGGUGAAGGUGGAGACCUAUCAGUGCUGUCUGGAGAUUGUGAAGGAAUGUUUAGGUGUCCAUAAUGUCACUAAACCUGUAUCUUCACUUUGUAGUGGAAUUCAUUUUCUGCUUCAUCCAAAAGUUCUAUAUGAAAUCUCUGCGUUUGGUAUUCAGGAACCCAAAAAUGAGGUGAAUGCUGCUGCCAAGGCCAUUCUGUUGUAUCUGCUUCAGGGACGAUUAAUGAUGACAGCGCUGACCUGGAAUAAGUUUAUCGAGUCUCUCUGUCCUGUCAUUCCAGUGCUACAGGGCUAUGCUGAUCCAGAAGAUCCUUUAGGCAACUGCAUUCUUCUUCUAAGCAAAGUGAGUUCUGAGACAGAAGUCAUUCUCCCUUGCACUACCCGGCUGAAGUCCAUGCUGCGGCUUUUGCUAGUGAAAAAGCCUUUGGUUCGUUCACUAGCAUUAAAGCUUUUAGCAUUUCAUCUUACCAGUGAAGAAGGGGCCGAUACAAAACGCCCAUUCAUAGAUGCCAGAGUGCUCUCCCAAGUUACCAAUCUAUUUAUUGUGAAAAGACCUAUUGACCUUAAGUUGGAUGACAGAAGAGACCUAGUUAUUAAGCUGGAGACUGUUGAGAAGGUCUAUGAAAUCUUCACCUCAGAAGAAGUUGAUCUUGUUCUGAGGAAGUCAGCUGCAGAACAGCUAGCUGUGAUCAUGCAAGAUAUUAAAAUGCAUGCUGUGGUGAAAAAGUUAUGCUUAAUUGAGAAGAUAAUCGGGUAUUUAAAUGAAUGUGUUGGUCAAGAUGGCAAGGUCAUAGAAUGCUUGAUUCAGCCAUGCCUCACACUGCUGAGGAAGGUUUUAUAUGCUGACCCCACCAUCCGUGUGUCCUUGUCACAGCAGUCUUCUCUCUUGACCCUGUUACUCAGAGUUUCCUUGAUAUUUCAUGAAGAUUGUACUGUUGUCACUGAAGUUGGGGCAUUGUUUUGUCUUCUGUUGUUUGAUGAAGUAUCAAGAAUGGAUACAUGGUCUAUUGAUCCUUCUAAUAAACCUUGUUUGCCACCAGCCUUCAGUUUGCCUGUUUCAGUCUUUAGAAGGUAUCAUCUGCCAGUUAAUGUGAUCAGCCACCAUGCUGUGAGUCCUUAUUCAAUAGUUUUGCCAUUAUCUGCUGAGUAUUUGGCCUUGAAGCCUGUGUCAGAUAUGCUAAGAAUAGCUUGGAACCUGGCAUGGUAUCAUGGGAGUGAUAAUCUGUUGAAACACAUCACCUCUGAAGCUAAAAUUCAAGAAUUUUUAGGUACACUGCAGCUGUCCACAGAAGAUAUCCUUAUGCUGAAGAUCACAUACACAGCUAGUGGGCUGCAAGAAUGCCUUCAGUCCAUUGUUCAGGCUGGAGGCCACAGGGAUGUGAGGGCUGCUGUCACCAGGAUGAGUUUUUAUCUUUUGAAUGACAAACUGUCUUUGAAGGGUGACAUUGGGUCAUGUGGUGUUACUUUAAAAUCCUUGGCUUGGCACACUGUGCUCAACAGGUUUUUACAAGUACCUCCUGCUUGCACUGAAGAUGAGAAACUGCUGAUAGAUAUUAUACAUUUUUUGAAUAAGUUAAUAAAAGAACAAAGAAAAAAUCCAGCAAUAGGACUUUUACACUGGAUUCUAGAGUUACUUCUUAGGCAUAAUCCAAACCCACUAUUAGACCUGCUGGUUCUGACAGAGUCACAAGCACGAGAAGAAACAGAUCAUGUCCGGACUGCAGUCAGACAGCAGCUGCAGAAAGAAUUGAUUGCUCUUCUCAAUUCCUUGUUGCUGGUUUUCAUGACAGUCACGGACAGGAAAUGCUUGGAACUUUUUUACGUCUUCCAAACCCAGCUGUCUCUGAAGCUGCUCCAGUGCCUCCGAGUCACAGAUGCUCCUCAUUUCUAUGGCUUGCCUGCCUUGGAGCGGACCUUAGGAGGGAUGGCUCACCUCACUGCUGUCCCUGGCUGGAGUGCACACUCUCUUCUCUCAAAGCCACUUGAGAUUUGUGGGAAGUACUUGUCUGGCCUCCUGGAGGUCAUUACUUCGUUUUAUGUGGAACGUGGAGGAAAUGCUAUGUCCUUUAUGGGCAAAGGUGUUACGAAGAGCACAGUUCUUUGCUUGCUUCAUUUGUCCCAUGAAAUGAUGUCACAGGCACCAAGCUCAGAGUGGAUGCCUCUUUGGUUUUUGCCUUUGGGUAGUCACAGUGAAGAAGAUGCUUCUACACAGCAGGGGUUGGCCUGGCUAAUUCCCUUAUGGGUUGAUCGAGACCCGGAGGUGAGAUUCACCUCACUGGGACUGGGAUCAGCACUGACUACUAUUGAAACUGGCUGUGUGGCCUUGGCAAACAGUUGUCAGAAUAUUUCUGGUGGACUCUGGGGAACUGUGGUGAACAUUCUUCUUGAUCAGUCUGAAUGCAGUAUGGUACGCCGGGAGGCUGCUUUUAUUCUUCAGAAUCUCCUUGUAAUUCCAAUGCCUUCAGAAGUUAUAAAGGAUUAUACUUGGCAGGGCCCCUGUGUCCAUGAUGAGGAUUCUGGCCUGUCACUCGUAGGAAAACCUGCCCUUCAGGCCCUGUUAUAUCAUUGCCAUUUCUAUGAACAUUUGAUUCAGAUGGUGAAACAUUUUUAUGUAGGAAGAUAUACGUUUGAUUUAACUUUUCCUGCUUUUACUGAAACUUCGGAAUGCAGUGAUUUAAAUGUGAGAGGACUGGGGUUUGGAUCCUCACCACAAAAAGACAUGCAAGGUUUAGAUGACUCAUUCAAGUUUUGGAGGGCUCCCUCAGGGACAUCCAUUCAGGAUCAUGAGCCAAGCUCUCUUUCCACCUCAGAAACAAUGGUGGCGGCCUCAGUGGGCAGUGCUGAGACUCAGCCACUGCUGCCAUCAACACUUCCGUCUGAGACUGCACUUGACCAGUUUGUGACUCCAGGUCAGUGUGAACCCAGACCAGUGCGACCCUGUGACUCCGCGCUCUCUGCUCCCCUGCACAAGCAGUAUACGUUUGUUACUCCAUCUCUUCUGUCGGCAAUCUGCAGCCUUCUAGACAACCUCUUGGCAGUUACUCCAAGGGAUGCUGCAAAUGCCUUUCAGCAAGCCCAUCUCAUAGAGUUUCUUUGUAGUACUGUGGAUGCCUUUGUCAUAGAGAUGUGUGUCCAGGAACUCAAGACCCCGCUGGCUUUAUCAUCUGCUGUUGAACAUACUCAAGCUCAGGCCUCCUUUCUCUUGGAAUUCCUAUCCUCUUUGUCCCAGCUUUUGCAGUCCUGUCUGUUGGUAGAUCCUAACCUUGUGACACAGGAUGAGCUCUUGAAACCUCUUAUCACUAAUGUCAUCCGAGUUCUCAUUGUGUGUACCAAAGAUGUAUUAGAUGUACAGUUAGUACUGGCUUUUCAUCGCACAUGGACACACUUAUAUGACCUUCUGGCCACACUGCUGAGGAAAGCUGGUGCUGUUUCCCUUCCUCUUAUUACCUCAGCUCUUGCCAAGCACUGGGAGGCAGUGAUUGAUGCAUUGUGCAGAUGUGUGGGCUUGUCAGUCAGGUGCCCUGCCCUGAGUAUUGCCACCCUCCAGUUCCUGUCUGUUCUCUUGGCGGAGGAAGAAAAGAGGCGACUCCAGGACAAGGACAGAACAAAUAUGUGCCAAGCCCCAACAGUGGCUUUACUUCUUGAUGGAACUCAGGAAAGUCUUAAAUCUUCAGAGCGACUUAAUGAAGCAAUUCUUCAGUGCUAUGAAGGAAAAUCUCCCAAAGAUGUCCUGAAAAGAGCUGCCGCAAAUGCACUGAUGUCCCUUCUGGCUGUCAGCAGAAGAGCGCAGAAGCAUGCUUUGAGAGCUGAUCUCAUCGAGAACUGCGUGGAACAUAUGAAGCACAUCAAUGCACAACUGAACCUGGACUUGCUGAGGCCUGGGAAAGCAACACUGAAAAAAAAGGAGGACGGCUUUAUUAAAGAGUUAAGCAUUACCAUGCAGCUCCUAAGGAAUUGCCUUUACCAAAAUGAAGAAUGUAAAGUGGCUGCUCUUGAAGCGCGUCUUGUGCCCGUUCUGCACUCUCUUUGGCCUUGGCUUUUGAUGGAGGAUUCACUGAUGCAAAUUGCCUUGCAGUUGCUUUGUGUCUAUACUGCUAAUUUUCCAACUGGUUGCAGUUCUCUCUGUUGGUCCAAUUAUGGACAGUCUGUUCACACUGCCCACAGAGGCGCCCCCAGCAGCUCCCUGAUGCUGUGUAUCCUGAAGCUGGCUUCCCAGAUGCCUGCAGAGAGCACCACCAUUCAGCAGAUGGUUUUUAUGUUUCUCUCAAACCUGGCCUUAUCUCAUGACUGCAAGGCAGUAAUUCAGAAGAGCAACUUCCUACAGCACUUCCUGUCCCUGACAUUGCCUAAAGGAGGAAAUAAACAUCUCAGCAAUCUGGCCAUUCUGUGGUUGAAGUUACUCCUGAAUAUAUCAUUUGGAGAAGAUGGACAACAAAUGAUCCUGAGGCUAGAUGGCUGCUUAGACUUACUCACAGAGAUGAGCAAAUACAAGCAUAGGACCAACCCCUACAUACCUCUGCUGAUUUUUCAUAACAUUUGCUUCAGUCCUGCUAAUAAGCCUAAAAUCCUGGCUAAUGAAAAGAUCAUUACUCUUCUGGCUACCUGUUUAGAAAGUGAGAAUCAGAGUGCCCAGAGGAUUGGAGCGGCUUCACUUUGGGCUCUAAUUUACAAUUAUCACAAGGCAAAAGCAACUUUGAAAAAUCCAUCAAUAAAAAGAAAAGUAGAUGAAGCAUAUUCCAUAGCAAAGAGAACUCUCUCUAAUUCAGAAGAAAACCCUAUAAAUGCCUACUAUUUGAAAUGCCUUGAAAAUCUUGUACAGCUGCUUAACUAUUCCUGAGCCAUGAGUGGUUUACUCCAGAGCUGACUGCCAUCCACAGGAGAUCUGGAUCAGAGGCCAACUUUGUGCAGCAGCUGAUCCCUGAAUGAUGCUGACUCUGCAAUAUCAGUAUCUGCCUUCCCUAUGAGAUAUCACCGGCCAUAUGAAAGGAGUGGAACUGGUGACUCCCCACUCUGUUCCUGGCAACCUUCCAAAAGUGAAGACUUGCUGACUCAAGAUACUGCAGACAUAGAGUUCUGGCAUUAUAAACAUUUUUAUACUUUUCUAUGUAACAUGUUUUGUAAAAAUCCUAUUUAAUAAUUAUUUAAUAAAAUAAUAUUUUAGAAACAAAAACUGGCUAGUCUUACUAAGAUUUUUAAGAGUAUAUUGUAGUCUUUGAAGAAUUUCAUGUAUGCAAUGUAGUUUGAUAGUUAUUUGUUCCCCGCUUCUACAGU